CUUCUUCUCUUCACUCCGUGGACUUCCGUGACUUGCUCUCUUCCUCUUCCUAAUUCCUAUAUUUGCCUUUUGGUUUCCUCCUUCACCUUCUUCCCCAAUUCCCUCUUCGAUCGUUCCUCUCGUUGAUUAGUUAUUUUUUUUUUGGUGUUCUGUUGCCAACAUCGAUUUGUCAAUUUUCUUGAGAAAAUGAAGGAAACUGAAGGAAACCCUCUCCACCUCAAGUCUGUCAACCACAUCUCCCUCAUCUGCAAAUCUGUUGAAGAAUCUAUGGAUUUCUAUCAGAACGUUCUUGGAUUUUUCCCUAUCAGGAGGCCGGGCUCUUUCGAUUUCGAUGGCGCCUGGCUAUUUGGCUAUGGAAUUGGAAUCCAUUUGCUGCAAGCAGAGGACCCAGAGAACCUGCCCAAGAAGACCGAAAUUAAUCCAAAGGAUAAUCACAUAUCGUUUCAGUGCGAGAGCAUGGGAGCGGUGGAGAAGAAACUGAAAGAGAUGGAGAUCCACUACGUGAGGUCCAUGGUAGAAGAAGGUGGGAUCAAAGUAGAUCAACUCUUCUUCCACGACCCAGAUGGAUUCAUGAUCGAGAUAUGCAAUUGUGACAGCCUUCCUGUGAUCCCCAUAGCUGGUGAGAUGGUAAGAUCCUGCUCGCACGUGAACCUCCAGAUGAUACAGCAGCCUCCGCAGAAGAUACAGAUGGUCCCACAAUUGUGAGACCAGAAUUUCUUAGAUACAUUGUUUGCACUGUCACAUAAUGCAAAAAAAAAAAGGCCAAUAAUAAUGACCAAUUCUUGCAUGCUUUAGGGUACAUGCAUGGGCCCUACAUGAACUGAUUUUUUUAUAUUACGUGACUUUGCAAUCAAUGUAUCCAAGGCUUUUUCUUACUAUAUUAAGCUGUUUUGGUGUUGUUGGCCAAAAAAAAAAAAUGUUUUGGUGGAAGACAGGCGGUGUGAUGGCUUGAAAUACAUAUACAGAGAGCGAGCUUGUCGUUUUGCAUGUUGUCUAUACUUUCUAGGAGUCAUUUUCUUCUUUUUUGUUGCUUUAGGUUACUGUUCCUUGUUGAAUAAACAAUCCUCCAAUUGUUCCUAAUGGAAAAUUGGUCCUUUUGGCUUCUAA